GGACUUCCGAUUGUUACAGACAUGGACGCGAUGUGCAUGAAUGCCUUUGAACUUAGCGUCAUUUUUGGAUUUUAAGCAUUGGUAAAUUCGCUUUCGAGAAAUGAGAACGAGACCGGGGGUAGAAAAGAGUAGGGGCGUAUCAAGAGUUCGGAGACGGGUGUCGAUGUUGGAAAGCAGCGGACAUGGAAAGGGUGUUGUAGGUCCAUUGGAAAAGUUUUUUUUGCUAAGUUCCAAAACAGAGCAGAGCAAUAAGGAGGGAGAAGGGGGCCAGAAUGGCGACUUGUUUUCUUAUGAUAUAGAUGCGAUGAAGCGUAAAAACGCAGAAAUGUAUCGAUAUUUUUUAGUGGUUCAAUUCUUGACCAAGGUGGAUUUUGUAUUGAAAAGAUACGAAUAUUUGCUUUUAGAGGAAGAGAUAUCGUUGUUGAGAACACUGAAGAAGAUGUCAUUGGAGUCCACUGUGUUGUUGGCGAGGUUGAGUGUUCGAAAGAGGUCUUGGAUUCGGCUGUUGAAGAACGACUAUGCAGACAUUCCAUCUUGUUUUGAAGUUGUUCAGAAGCUGAUUGAGAUAAACGUGCUGGAAGAAUCGUUUUGUAUAGAAGACAUCGUACCCUUGUUGGAGUCCAGUAGGCUCAGGUCUCUAACUCUCGAAUCCAAUUAUUUGAAGAGAGAGGAAUUGGAAAUCAAAGCGAUUCAGUUUUUGAAGACCCAACGCACCUUGAGUGGGGAGUAUAUUGUGUUCAAGGACGUUCGGUGCAUAAGGAUCCGGCCUGACGUAAGGGAAUUGCUCAGAAAAGUAGACUAUUUAUUUUUUAUGAAUUACAAAUAUUCAUUCAUUACGAUUCAUCCGGCGAGCUAUGUAUGUCCAGCCGAGCUGAAGUCUUCCGAGCAGCUAGACAAAGACGUUGCUGCUAGGAGCAUUACUUUUGAUAGUGCAGAAUGUGAAUGUGUCGAAGAAUCUGGAUUUUCAGAGAGAUCUAAGUCGGAUACGUGGUCUUUGUACAUCUCUGAGCUGAUGAACAAACUGGACGUGGUCAAGAGGAACGUUGCUGCUAUUGAAAGCGUAGAGGUUUUCAGGAUUUUUAAAACUCGAGAAGAGUUUCUAAGGUACAUGCGGUUUUCGGACAGAGCGGUGAAUUUUGCCGAGACAUUGGGCUUGAUUGGUCAUUGGGGUAGCGAGUGGCUCAGCUCAGACUCGAUCAAUUUGAAGGCACUCAGAAGCCGAGAAGACGAAAUUGUAGCCAUCAUUCAAGAGAGUGUUACGGACCACAAAAAAUUUCUGCACAGCUUAGACACAAUUUUUUUCUUGGUACGAAGAGAGCAGGCGCGGGGUGAAUUUCUAUUAAGAUUGGGUCACUGA